AUGCCUAGCAUGGGCAUUCCUACUGAUUUUGAUGAUCGACAAACCCACAUUGACGCCCUACAAGAGGAGUAUCAUCCCUACCAAUACCAAGAUGAGAAUAAUUCUUCUUGGGCUGGCACCCUCCCGGUGAAGCAGGGUUUGUAUGAUCCUAGCUUGGAAAAGGAUGCCUGUGGUGUUGGUUUUGCCUGUCAUAUCAAGGGCAAGGCCAGCCACAAGAUUGUGAGCGAUGCUCGAAACCUGCUGUGCAACAUGACCCAUCGUGGGGCGACUGGUUCCGAUGCUCGAGAUGGCGAUGGUGCUGGCGUAAUGACUUCUAUCCCUCAUAAGUUUUUUAUCAAGAAUUUUGAGCGAGAGGAACAUAUAAAGCUACCCGCCCCUGGCCAAUAUGCUGUCGGCAACCUCUUCUUCAAGCCUCACGAUGAGACUCUCCAACGGUCCAUCCGCGAGUUUGAGGAGAUUGCCGAGUCUCUGGGCCUCCGAGUGCUGGGCUGGCGCCGCCCCCCAGUCGAUUCCACUCUUCUAGGUCCUGCCGCCAAGUCUCGAGAACCCGUUAUAAUGCAGCCCUUCGUCGUGUUGGCAUCCGCUUAUGGAACUGGAAAUGCUCCUGAGCAGACUGACCCCGAGAAAUUCGAUGAGCGUCUUUUCGAGAGGCAGCUCUACGUCCUGAGGAAGAGAGCUACUCACACUCUUGGGCUGCAUAACUGGUUUUACCUCUGCUCCUUGUCGAACAAGAAUAUUGUUUACAAGGGCCAACUUGCCCCCGUGCAGGUCUACCAGUACUACCAUGAUCUCGUCAACGCGGACUAUGAGGCACACUUCGCCCUUGUCCAUUCUCGGUUUUCUACAAACACCUUCCCCUCUUGGGAUCGUGCUCAACCCCUCCGGUGGGCUGCCCACAAUGGUGAAAUCAACACUCUCCGUGGUAAUAAGAACUGGAUGAAGGCUCGAGAGGGUGUCAUGCGUUCCGACAAAUUUGGCACCGAACUUGAGGCGCUCUAUCCCAUUGUGGAGGAGGGCGGUUCCGACUCUGCCGCCUUUGAUAAUGUGCUCGAGUUGUUGACUAUCAACGGCGUCCUCUCCUUACCCGAAGCGGUUAUGCUUAUGGUUCCUGAAGCCUGGCAAGGGAACUCUAGCAUGGACCCUAAAAAGGCUGCAUUCUAUGAAUGGGCCGCCUGUCAGAUGGAGCCCUGGGAUGGCCCCGCCCUUUUCACCUUCGCCGAUGGUCGUUAUUGUGGUGCCAAUCUUGACCGAAAUGGCCUUCGGCCUUGCCGUUUCUACGUCAUGGAUGAUGACCGUAUAAUCUGUGCUUCCGAAGUGGGAACUCUCUACGUCGACCCUGAGCGCGUUAUCAAGAAGGGUCGUCUCCAGCCUGGUCGUAUGUUGCUCGUCGACACACAAGCUGGCCGUAUCAUUGAUGACACCGAGCUGAAGACCAAUGUUGCGAACCGCUUUGACUUCCGGUCCUGGGUUGAGAGAGAGCUAAUUACUCUACCCGAGGUGUACGAGACCAUCUCGGCCAAGAAGGACCUUUCUCCUAAGCCCGACUCCGCUCCCCUCCAGCAGGAUCCUCUAUUGCAUGCCUUCGGUUACACCCAUGAGCAAGUCAGCUUGCUCUUGGCGCCCAUGGCCUCAGACGAGAAAGAAGCACUGGGUUCAAUGGGUAACGAUGCUCCUCUCGCAUGCUUAGCGCAGGCUCCUCGACUACCUUACGAAUACUUCCGCCAGCUCUUCGCCCAGGUCACCAACCCCCCUAUCGACCCUAUUCGAGAGUCUAUCGUCAUGUCUCUCGAUUGCUAUGUGGGUCCGCAGGGCAACCUUCUGGAAAUGGACAGCUCUCAAUGUGACCGUCUCCUCCUACCUAGCCCUAUCCUCUCCAUUCCCGAGUUCAACUCUUUAAUGCACAUGCAUAUAAAGUAUCCCAAAUGGACUGUCAAGACUAUUGACCUGACCUUCCCGAAGAAGGACGGCGUCGACGGCUAUCUGAAACACCUCGAUUUUAUCUGUAGCGAGGCUAUGUCGGCAAUAGAAGCCAAGGACAGGAUCAUCGUUUUGUCUGACCGGAACACAGGUGCCGACCGUGUUGCUGUUUCUGCUCUCCUGGCCUCUGGUAUGGUCCACCAUCAUUUGGUUUCCAACAAAUGGCGAUCCAUGGCCGCUAUUGUUGUCGAGACCGCCGAGGCUCGGGAAGUCCACCACAUGUGUGUGCUCCUCGGUUAUGGUGCUGAUGCCAUCAACCCUUAUCUCGCCAUGGAGUGCAUCCUCAAGCUCAACCGCGAAGGCUUAAUUAAGAAGAAGCUCACUGAUGAUGAGCUUAUCCGGAACUACAAGCAUUCCUGUGACGGUGGAAUUCUCAAGGUCAUGAGCAAGAUGGGUAUCUCUACCUUGGCCAGCUACAAGGGUGCCCAGAUCUUCGAGGCUCUCGGUCUUGAUGAGGCAGUCGUUGAGAAGUGCUUCUACGGGACACCUUCUCGUAUCCAGGGUGCUACUUUCGAAAUCAUUGCCCAGGAUGGCUUCAGGUUCCAUGAGCGGGGUUUCCCCUCGAGGUACACUGUGGGCAUCGAAUCUCUUCCCGAGUCGGGUGAGUAUCACUGGCGAGACGGUGGUGAGCCCCACAUCAACGACCCCACUGCCAUCGCCAACCUCCAGGAUGCCGUUCGCACGAAGAAUGACAAGUCCUACGAGGCCUACUCUCGCCGGGAAUAUGAGCAGAUCAAGUCGUGCACCCUCCGUGGCCUACUUGACUUCAACUUUGAAGAUGCCGAACCUAUCCAUAUUGACCAAGUUGAGCCUUGGACCGAGAUUGUACGUCGAUUCUGCACAGGCGCCAUGUCCUAUGGCUCCAUCUCCAUGGAGUCUCACUCUACUCUCGCCAUUGCCAUGAACAGACUCGGGGGUAAAUCCAACACUGGCGAAGGUGGUGAGGAUCCUGAGCGCUCACAGCGCUUCCCCAACGGCGACACCAUGAGAUCCGCCAUCAAGCAGGUUGCAUCUGGUCGUUUCGGUGUUACUUCCGCGUAUCUUGCGGACUCUGACGAGAUUCAGAUUAAGAUGGCCCAGGGGGCUAAGCCCGGCGAAGGUGGUGAGCUACCCGGCCACAAGGUUUCCACCUCCAUUGCUCGCACCCGUCAUUCCACUCCCGGUGUCGGUCUUAUUUCACCGCCUCCUCACCAUGACAUCUACUCCAUUGAAGAUUUGAAGCAGUUGAUCUACGACUUGAAGUGCUCCAACCCUAGGUCGCGUGUGUCUGUCAAGCUUGUAUCGGAAGUCGGCGUUGGCAUUAUCGCUUCUGGUGUCGCCAAGGCGAAGGCUGACCACAUCCUUAUUGCUGGUCACGACGGCGGUACUGGUGCUUCGCGCUGGACUGGUAUCAAAUAUGCCGGUCUCCCAUGGGAGCUUGGCCUCGCAGAGACUCAUCAGACACUUGUCCUUAACGAUCUGCGUGGCCGCGUCGUUGUCCAGACUGACGGUCAGCUCCGUACCGGUCGUGAUGUCGCCAUCGCCUGUCUCCUUGGAGCUGAGGAGUGGGGCUUUGCCACUGCUCCUUUGAUCGCCAUGGGCUGUAUCUUCAUGAGGAAGUGUCAUUUGAAUACUUGCCCAGUUGGUAUCGCCACUCAGGAUCCCGAACUCAGGAAGAAGUUUGCGGGUAGUCCGGAGCAUGUUAUUAACUUCUUCUACUACGUCGCGAACGAGAUGCGAGCCAUCAUGGCCAAGCUCGGAUUCCGCACCGUUAAUGAGAUGGUCGGUCGUGCCGAGAUGCUUACCGUCCGCGACGAUCUGCGAACUAACAAAACCGCCAACAUUGACUUGAGCUUGCUUCUCACCCCCGCCCAUAAGCUCCGUCCUGGCGUAGCUACCUUCAACGUCCGCAAGCAAGAUCACAAGCUCUACGUCCGUUUGGACAACAAGCUCAUUUCCGAAUCCGAAACGACGCUCGAAAAGGGCCUGCCGUCGAGGAUUGAGUGCGAGGUUGUCAACACUGACCGAGCGUUGGGUACCUCUCUCUCGUACCACAUCUCCAAGCGCUUCGGCGAAGUGGGAUUGCCUGUAGACACAGUCCAUGUUAAUAUCAAGGGCUCCUCUGGCCAAUCUUUCGGUGCUUUCCUCGCCCCUGGCGUCACGUUGGAGCUUGAGGGUGAUGCCAACGAUUACGUCGGUAAGGGUCUCUCUGGAGGUCGCCUAAUCAUCUACCCUCCACGCUCCGCCGUCUUCAAGGCCGAGGAGAACGUCCUCAUCGGUAAUGUUUGUCUCUACGGAGCUACGAGCGGUACUUGCUUCUUCCGUGGUAUCGCCGCCGAGCGCUUCGCCGUCCGAAACUCGGGUGCCACUGCUGUCGUUGAGGGUGUCGGCGAUCACGGUUGUGAGUACAUGACUGGUGGUAGGGUUGUUAUUCUCGGCAGCACUGGCCGCAACUUCGCCGCGGGUAUGUCAGGCGGUAUUGCCUACGUUCUCGACAAGCACCACGAUUUCCUCUCCAAGUUGAACUCCGAGAUGGUCGAGACUGGCCCGGUCGAAGACCCUUCUGAGGUUGCAUACCUUCGUGGCCUUAUCGAGGAUCACCACCAUUACACUGGAUCCGAGCUUGCUGCACGUAUCUUGAUGAACUUCUCUAGGGCUCUCUCCCGCUUCGUGAAGGUGCUUCCUGUUGAUUACAAGAGGGUUCUUGCAGAGGAAGCUGCCAAGAAGGCAGCUGAGUCCAACGGCGUUACCAAUUUCAUCGUCCCGAUCCCGACGCCUUCUCCCCAACCCAAGGUAGCCAACAGCAACGGUCCCAAGCUUCAGGAUAUGGAGGAAAUGAUUGCCGAUGGUGCUGCGGAGGAGAAGAAGAAGAAGAAGGCCCUCGUCCUUGACAAGACCAAAGGCUUCAUGAAGUAUCACCGCCGCACGGAGAAGUACCGCUCGGCUAAGACUCGUAUCAAGGAUUGGCAGGAACUCAGCCAGCGCCUGGACGAGGAUGAGCUUAAAUAUCAAUCGGCCCGCUGCAUGGAUUGUGGUGUUCCUUUCUGCCAGUCAGAAACCGGUUGUCCUAUUUCCAAUAUUAUUCCCAAAUGGAACGAUUUGGUAUUUCGAAAUCGAUGGCGUGAUGCCCUCGACAGACUCUUGAUGACCAACAACUUCCCCGAGUUCACAGGUCGCGUGUGCCCCGCCCCUUGCGAGGGUGCCUGCGUUCUCGGAAUCAACGAGGACCCUGUUGGUAUCAAGUCCAUUGAGUGCGCCAUCAUCGAUCGCGGUUUUGAGAUGGGUUGGAUGGUUCCUAGGCCUCCCGAGGUCCGCACUGGAAAGAAGGUUGCCAUUAUUGGUUCCGGUCCCUCUGGUUUGGCUUGCGCAGACCAGCUCAAUAGGGCCGGUCAUAGUGUCACCGUGUAUGAAAGGUCUGACCGUCCCGGUGGCCUCUUGAUGUACGGUAUUCCCAACAUGAAGCUCGACAAGCGAAUUGUCAAGCGGCGAACAGACUUUAUGGCUGCUGAGGGAGUCGUUUUCAAGACUGGCGUGGCCAUCGGCCAGGAGAUCGCCUUAACCGACCUCAAGGCUGAGAACGACGCCGUAGUCAUCUGCACCGGUUCGACUGUCGCCCGAGACCUGCCGGCCAAGGGACGCAAUCUCGAGGGUAUCCACUUCGCUAUGGAGUUCCUUCACGCCAACACCAAAUCUCUUCUCGACUCUGAGCUCGCCGACGGUGCUUACAUCUCGGCCAAGGGCAAGAACGUCAUCGUUAUUGGCGGUGGUGACACAGGCAAUGACUGUAUCGGUACCUCCCUCCGGCACGGCGCCAAGUCUGUUGUCAACUUUGAGCUUCUGCCACAGCCUCCCCCCGAGCGUGCUAGUGAUAACCCUUGGCCCCAGUGGCCUCGCAUCUACCGGGUCGACUACGGCCACAAUGAAGUUAAGCAGCACACAGGCAAGGACCCUCGUGAGUAUUGCAUCAUGUCGGAGGAGUUUGUCGAUGACGGUACGGGCAAGCUGAAGGGUAUCAACACCGUUCGCGUGGAGUGGACCCGCUCUUCCAAUGGCGGCUGGGACAUGAAGAAGCUUGAGGACUCCCGAGAGUUCUUCCCCGCCGACCUUGUUCUCUUGUCUAUGGGUUUCCUCGGCCCCGAAGAUCGCGUCCUCGGCGACAUGAUUGAGAAGGAUGCUAGGAAGAACGUUAAGACACCUGCCGGCAAGUACUGCACCAAUGUGGAGGGCGUUUUCGCUGCUGGUGACUGCCGCCGCGGCCAGUCCCUCAUCGUUUGGGGUAUCAACGAGGGUCGCCAGGCCGCUCGCGAGGUCGAUCUCUACCUCGAGAACUGUACUGAACUGCCUGUAACUGGCGGUAUUGUUCGGACCACCGCACAGGAGGUUUUCGAGGCCAUGGAGAAGGCAUGA